AGUGAAUCGUGACAUAGCCAAAAGUUCGGUGGCUAACAAAACAUUUAACUCGAAUUUUUGAGGGUGAAAUAUGAAGAUCAAAAGGGCAAUGGACAAACUUCAAGAGUAAACUGUGAUCAUAAGUGGUUUGAGUGGAGUAUUGAAAUAAAUAUAUUAACUCGACGAAGGUUGUAUGGUUGAUAAAUCUGAAAUCUGAAAAAUCCAUCUUUUGCCGGAGGAUUUGAAAAUGGAAAAGCCAAAGGAAUUUCUUGAAAAUUUUGCAAUUGAAGGAUUAGAUCGCGUAUCUCGACUCAAUUUCCCUCCCCACAGACCCCAUAUCGAUUCAAGCUUCUACGAGUAUUUCGUCCUCAGAGGCAUCCGAGUCGACCGAGUCCAACCCGGUUCCAUCACUUGCUCUUUCAAAGUGCCCCAUCGCCUCACUAAUAAGGAUGGGAACUUUGUUCCGGGCGCUAUUGCCACUAUGGUUGAUGAAUUAGGAGCUGCGGUAAUCCACGUUGAGGGACAACCUAUGGAUGUUUCAAUUGACAUGUCAAUAAACUGCCUUGCCACUGCAAAAAUGGGAGAUGAACUAGAGAUCACCUCAAGAGUCUUGGGUCGGAAAGGUAAUUAUUCUGGAACAAUUGUUCUUAUAAGAAACAAAGCAACUGGGGAGGUGGUUGCUGAAGGGAGACAUUCAUUGUUCAGCAAACCUGCAAGCAAAAUGUAGUGUAUAAAGUUUGUUACUCUUAAUAUUAAUUGCUUUCUUGUCCUAAUUAUAUAAUUUUAUGCUUAUAAGAGAUUUAAUAUUAUGCUUUGUAUAAUGUUUGGCUAAGCUUAUAAGCAUGUUAAAAGAUACUUAUAUUGGCAAAUAUGACCUUCAUGCUCAAAGUUAAUAUGCU